AUGAUGGAUGCAUACGCUGGUAGAGGCAACGAAGUGAUGCAGAAAAUUGCGGAAGAGAUAAGGAAAUAUGACGAUAUAAUUCUGGCAGACUAUGAGGACACUUACUACAAUCUCACAUGGAAAACAGUAACCAAUCUACGCUGGCUAUCGGCUUUCUGUGACAAACUACAAAAUGACAUGUUUAUGAUAAUUGACGAUGACCACCGUGUGAAUGUUUCAAUGCUAAUGCGUUUCCUGGCCACGGUUCCGCGACACAUAAAAAGGACAUCACUGUUGGGUCGCAUAGCAAGGAACGAUGGUGCAUUCCGAUCUCCACUGAGUAAGCUGUACCUUGCUUUCCAAGAGAUUCCCUGGAAUAUUAUGUGUCCGUAUCCCCGCGGAUUUUGCCAGCUAAUAGGAGCUGAUAUUGUCGACGACAUGGCGAUCGGAUCAGCCUACACGCGAUACAAUUACAUUCAUGAAGAUGUGUAUCUUGGAUUACUAGCAUUUAAGCUCGGCAUUCCUCUUCACAACGUCUACACAAUGUUCGACCAUCGAGAGUACGAACGAAGGUGGCCACCCAACGCCUCAUUUAUGGUGGUAGAGAGCAGAUAUUGGGACACGCAUUGA